AUGGGAAACGCUGAUGAGCUAGAAGCACCGGGAAGGCGUAGCAAGGAGAGCAAGGAUGGUAUAAGACUGACUGGCGGUGAAGAUGAGUUGGUUGAUGAUGCGGCGGAUGAUGACGAGGCGGAUAAUGACGAGGCGGAUGUCGACGAAGCGGAUGAUGAGGAGACGGAUGAUGAUGAGGACAAUAACGAAGAGGCGGAUGGCAAUGAGACGGCUGGUGGUGAUGACGAUAAAACGGACGAUGAGGAGACAGGUGGCAGAGAUGGUGAUGGAGCUGAUGAGGGUGAAGUUCGUAAGAAGUCAGCUGUGUACUAA